AUGGAGCUCGGUACUGAUUCUGUUUUUGCCUGUGAAAUAGAGAAAAUGAGGGGCCUCAUGUCUAAGAAAGCCAUAUACGUGCGUGAGCACGCACCUGUGUCCUGUCACAUACAAUUUGUAUACCAGGGGGGGUGCCUUAUACAAACCAGGGAAGCGAAAUCAGAUGCAGUUGAUGCACAAGUGGCAUUACUGCCACCAAGGCCAAGCACCGACACUGGACAAUCACCACUUCAUUUAAGAUCAAGGUCUUCUGUGACAUAUGGGCAGGAUGAUCUACCGUCACUCAGCAACCCAGCUCAACGCGUACGUUUGUUCGGCCCGGUAAGAUUGAUAAAAGGUGACAAAUAUGGAGGAAGCACAACAGAUGUUCCCGAAGGGUUUAUAACUCCAUCAAGCCGCAUGUUGGAAGCAGAAGGUAGUGCUGAUGAAUACGCAAUAAGGAGGAGUGCUUCUUUAUCUUCGAUACAGGUUGAGAGGACUGACAAAAGUGAAAAUGGUUCAGGAAACUCGAGUUAUCUUACUCGUCUCAAAGAUCUUAAUCAUUCAUCCCCUCCCAGUCUAUUCAGUCCGCCAGAGUCUCUGGAGGAUGCAAAUUUCGAACAGAAGCUUAGGCAGGUUCAAGAUGAGCAUGAGACUUUGCCUCACCAUUUGAAAAGGUUAUUUCUGUAUUGUUCACUCUUUCCCUUUGGUUAUGAAUUUAGUAAAGAUGGGUUGGUUCAGUUAUGGAUAGCUGAAGGCUUUAUUAGAGAGAGGCAGAGGGAGAGAAUGGAAGAUACUGCUACUGAGCAUUUUAAUUCCUUGGAGAAGGAAGGCUUCUUUGUGUUUUCUAGAUGUGAUUUCACUACGGAUUUUGAUUCAAUGCUCUCGACUACGACAGAUCAUCCCAGCAACUUCUUGUACAAAGUAAAUCCUAGGAAGCAUUCAUUAUUGGAGAACACCAUUUCUUCAGGUAAUUAUUUCAAAGCAGUGGAUGGUAAGUUAGAUGGUGCCUCUCACAUGACUAGACAUUUGUCUUUGAUUGGUGAGGAUAUUGAUGGGGUGUCUUUUGGGAUUCUUCAAAACUUCAAGCAUUUGCGCUCACUGCAUAUGCUCUCUUGUCGUGGGUCUUCCUUGAAACAAGUCCCUCGUGAUUUGUGUUUCACCUUAACCUUCUUGAAAACCUUAAAUUUGAGUGGGACAUUGAUUUCUGAAUUGCCUAGUUCCAUCGGGAAUGUAAAGUCAUUACGAUAUAUUGAUGCCUCACAUACACCAAUUGCACGGCUACCUGAAUCAAUAGAUUCUCUUUACAAUUUACAAACGAUAAAGCUCAGAGGUUGCUCAAACUUUGUUCAGUUGCCAAAAGGUAUGAAGAAGCUAACAAAUCUCCGCCAUAUUGAUCUUGAUAUCAUUCGGCAAUUGGAUUCCUUGCCAGCACAUUUAGGGAAUUUGAGUACCCUUCAAACUCUGUCAGCAUUUCUUGUUGGUAGAGAUGAUGGGUGCCAUGUUGGAGAGUUGAAGAAUUUGAAUGAUCUCAAAGGAGCGCUUAACAUCUCAAGGCUUGAAAAUGUGGUCAGUAAGAAGGAGGCUGAGGAAGCUGCUUUGAUUGAUAAGAAAUGUCUAGACAGGUUGGAGCUUCGAUGGAGUAAUAUGUUUGUUGAGUAUGCCAAGUUAGAAGAGGAAAUACUAGAAUGUCUUCAACCACAUUUUGGCCUUAAAGAGUUGCAAAUACAACAGUACAGUGGCUCAGUACUUCCAACUUGGAUUGGCAAUCGCGCUUUUGCUGACCUUGUUGCCAUUACCCUCUAUAGAUGCAGGAAUUGUAAACUUCUCCCAUGUAUGGGACAAUUGCCAGCACUCAAGUCUCUUUCAAUUAUAGAGAUGAAUGGGGUGAAAUAUAUUGAUCAUCAGUUCCUCAGGAAUGGCCCAUGUCUCGAGUAUGCAUUUCCAAAACUAGAGAGACUAGAAGUUGAUAUCAUGCUCAAACUGAAAGUGUGGAAGCACAUACGAAUAGGUGACUUCCCUUCCCUGGUUAAACUCAUAGUGGACUCCUGCCCAGAACUUGUCAGACUUCCACCACUGGCAUGCCUCCCGUCCUUAAAGCACUUGGAGUUGAGACGAUGCCCGAAGCUUCUCUCUUUGCCCAGUGACGGACUGCCACCUUCUCUUGAGUCUUUCUUAUUAGUGGAGUGCCUUGAGCUGAAAGAAUGGUGCCUGAAGAGUGACCAUUGGAGCACGUUAUGUCAUAUCUCCAGCAUAUGGUUUGAUCAUGAGGAGGUGAAGGGGUUUGAGCUGGACUGCACACCUCUCUGGGGUUCUGUUUCAAUCUGUGGAAGAAGACCAGUAAUGGAAGAUGCAAUUGCUGUAGUACCUCGGUUCAUUAAUAUUCCAAGCACAAUGCUUAUUGGCAGUCAUGCAUACACUGGAAUGAGCCCAAGUUUGAACCACCUAACAAGUCAUUUUUUUGGCGUUUAUGAUGGGCAUGGAGGACCUCAGGUUGCUGAGUAUUGUUGUGAGCGCCUUCAUUUAGCUUUGGCUGACGAACUUCAAAUUAUUGAGGAUGAUUUGACUGAUGGAAUAAUGAGAGAAACUCAGCAUGUGAAGGGGGAGAAAGCAUUCACUAUUGAGGAUGAUUUGACUGAUGGAAUAAUGAGAGAAACUCAGCAGGUGAAGUGGGAGAAAGCAUUCACUAGUUGCUUCCGGAGAGUAGAUGAUGAAGUCAGCAGAUGCAUCACCGGAAGUAACGAGGAUGCCUCCGGGGCCAACUCUGAUCAACAUAUUGCCCCAGAGACCGUAGGAUCUACAGCUGUGGUUGCAUUAGUCUGUUCUUCCCAUAUUAUAGUUGCGAACUGUGGUGACUCGAGAGCGAUUCUUUGUCGUGGCAAAGAACCAGUACCAUUAUCAGUAGAUCAUAAAGCAAACAGAGAAGAUGAAUGUGCAAGAAUUGAGGCAUCUGGAGGGAAGAUCAUACAGUGGAAUGGACCUCGUGUGUUUGGAGUUCUUGCAAUGUCAAGGUCCAUUGGAGAUGGAUAUUUGAAACCCUGGAUAAUUCCAGAUCCAGAAGUGAUGAUUGUCCCUAGAACUAGAGAUGAUGAAUUCCUCAUUUUGGCUAGUGAUGGAUUAUGGGAUGUUAUGACGAACAAGGAAGCUUGUAAAGUGGCUCGAAGGCGUAUACGGCUGUGGCACAAAAAGAACAGGGUUACUCUGGCGGAAAGAGGCAUAGGAGUUGAUCCGGCAGCGCAAGAAGCGGCUUCAUAUCUUUCAACUCUUGCCUUUCAAAAAGGAAGCACAGACAAUAUAUCUGUGAUUCUGGUGGACAUGAGAGCUCAAAGAAACUAAGAAAGCUCGAGCAAAUCUUGGAUGAAGAAGGUUUAGCCACAUUGAAUGACCUUGGCUAGUUUCUUAUGACUAUAGAGAUGGUGGUCUACCCGAAUUCCUCAUGGGUUUCGUGUAGAUGUGUACAAUAAUAGAAAGAACCCUGUAUCUCUAGAAUGAAGGUGUCGGUCAUGGUGCUUGUAAGCCUCUGCCUCUGCUCGACAUAUUUAGUGUGAGGACAGUAUAUGAUGUAAGUCAUGUAACGUGUCGUCUGAACAUUCUUGAUGCAAUACACAUUAUUAUUCAAAAAGAA